AUGCCUUAUCAAGCCUUUUCCGAGACAGGUGAUACUGUUGUUAACAUGGAGGAUGAGGAAGGAGUUAACGAGAAUAGCCCUUUGUAUCCCUUUGGUGUUCCUGUUAUUUUAUUGAAUGUUAAAUCUCAAAUGGCAUUUGUUCGUAAAGUUUGUAUGAUCUUUGCAUUGCAACUUAUAGUCACUAUAGCAUUUACAGUUUUAUCACUUAUUUUGUUGGUUGGAAUUACAUGGAAAUCAAAUGAUAGUUUUCAACCGCCUUGGUAUUUAGUUGUUUUAUACACUCUACUUAAUGCUGUUAUUAUUGCUGCUCCUAGUAAGUAUUUAAGAAUAGAUUAG